CGGACAGUCGGCUUCUCAGGUUCCUCCUGUCCCCGUCAAUGAGCGUGGCUGUGCAGUAUUGCGAUGUCGCCACUUACUUACACGGAAUUCCCCCUUGGUACACAGAUAUGAGUCCCUUUCCGGAAGCAAGUGCACCGUCCAUGCGAGGUGAAUGAUUAAAUCACUUACUUGCCUUGUAGUUAGAGGAGGCCUCUUUCGGCGUUUGCAGGUGAGACUGUCCUCUGACAUUGAAAAGACGACGGGAUCCUUCUCAUUAACCCCGCCAUUCCCAUCAUUUCCGGUUCCUUGACUAUCCUCAUCCUGCUCCCCCACCCACCACCUACGUAAUACCUCGUACCUUACCAACAAACAAGAUUCUUUUAAACUCCGACGAAAACUCUUCCUUUAUCAAUCCUGAUAUUGGCAGUUCUCGUCACAUCAUGGCCGAUUUCGCGCCGCCCACGGGGCCUCCACCGCCCAAAGUGCCCGAGGGCUGGGUAGUCCGCUGGAAUGAGCAGUACAAGGAAUGGUUCUACGUGAACACCUUCACCAAAAAAUCCCAAUGGGAGAAACCCACCGAGCCCGCCCGGCCCCCACAAGACGACCACCUCGCCCCGGCCGGCCCGCCGCCCUCUUACACCCCGGGCGCCACGCCGGCGCCGUCCGACACAAAGGCCAAUCCCUACGAAACCACCAACACCACGAACCAAGGCGCCGCCGCAUCGUACCACAACACCAGCACAGAAGAAGAAGACGCCCGCCUGGCCCGCCAACUCCAAGCCGAAGAGGACGCCCGCGCCGCCGCGUCAUCUGCUCCCCCGAACCCGAAUCCCUAUUAUCAAUCGCACCCGCAAGGCGCACCCUUCCCAGGCCAGCUCCCGCCUCGCCCAGAGGACAGUCACAACAACAGCAGCAGCAGGGGCUUUCUAGGCAAGCUCUUUGGCGGCAAAAAGCCCGGAGGUGGAAGUGGCGGCGCCGGCGGCGGUUUGCCCGGCGCGCUAGGCGGGUUAGUGGGCUCGCACGGCGGCGGUCACCACGGCGGCGGCUACGGCUACCCGCAGCAACAGGCGUAUUACCCGCCGCCACAGCAGCAGCAGCCGUAUGGCGGGUAUCCGCCGCAGCAGGGGUAUUACCCUCCGACUCAACACGGUGGCGGUUACUACCCCCCGCAGGGGUAUGGGUCUGGCGGUUACAGGAAGCCGGGCGGCGGCGGUAUGGGCAUGAUGGGCGGCGCGGCGCUGGGUGCGGGCGCGGGGUUGUUGGGGGGGAUGAUUGUUGCAGAUGCCAUUGAUGACGCACAAGAAGAUGCUUAUCAGGAGGGGUAUGAGGACGGUGGCGGUGGUGGUGACUUUGAUGCUGGCGGCGGUGAUUUUUGAUCGGAGGUAUGUAGGAUCAAAUCAAGGUCUGUGGUCAGAGUCUGAGGUUGAGUCUCUGAGACGAGGGAUGUGCUGGUUAGAUGGACUCGACUGAUGUUUGAGGUGUUUACCGUUGUUGUUACUGUAUAUGAGCUUGGAUGACUAGUUGACGGGCGGUAGCAUUGCAUUCGCUCGUUUCCUCUAGACCUGCGACGAGAAAUAGGUUCCCAAGUACAUAAAUUAUGAUAUGACCCUGCUUUCGCGGUUUUCUGCUA